AUGGUCGUCAAGAACACACAAGCUGUCGCUAAGGCCACCGCGCCCCGUCUGCCACCACUUCACAAGCUGCGCGUUCGCAAGCCCGACCAGGCUGGCGCAAACCCUUGCAUUGGUGUCAUGUCUUCUGUCCUUGGAUGCUGGGCUUCUUCUGGUUACACUGCCCAGGGAUGUGCCGCUCUCGAACAACAGCUUCGCGCAUGCAUGGACGCCCCCAAAGCCGCCUCAAGCGGAAAGAGUUCCAUCAACUACCAUCUCUCGAGAUUAUACCCCCAGAUCAUUGGUCCUCACAAGCGAAAGUAG